AUGCAGUCAGUCGGCUCUAAGCCAGGCACUAGCACUAACGUCAGCGGCAGCGGUUCUAAGGCCAACAACACUAACGCCAACGCGAAUAGCUCCAGCGCCAGCACCAACGCCGUCGCUGCGCGGGAAGUAGCCAGGACUAGCCAGUUCAAACAGAGGCUCGAAAAGGACCUCAGCGAUGGGCAGUAUGUUGGGAAGCGGGGUUUUCCAUACCCAGCCACCCGGCCUACCGUCUUCGUCAAGACCGGCGACGGCGUGAUGGCAGAAGGGAAGACUCAGGAACUCGCCUUCCAGCACAUGGAGAAGAAGCGAAGCGACAACCCAAACCUUCAGAUCCACGUUCCAGAAGUCUUCGCCAUGUUUAGUACUGAGGGAGGCGAGGAGGUCGUCGUCAUGGAGCUGGUGCAGGACUCGAAAGACAUGAAUCGUUUCAUAAAGGACCAGAAACUGGACCACGCCAAGGCCAAGGCCUGCUACGAGAUGGUAGUUGACGCAAUCAAACUCUUUCGUGAGAUCCCCCCGGUCGACGACAUCCCGGGCCCAGCGCCAUCGGCUGGGGGAAGCCGCCUCGUAAAAAACACAAUGUUUUACGACGAGCAGGCCGACAUACCAUUCAAGAACAUACGCGAUCUGCAAGAACACCUGAACGAGGCUCUAAUCCAUGCCACGGUUCCUCCGGCGAACCCCGAGCCCGGACCGCGAGUGAAACCCACAUCAUCAUCAUCAUCCAAACCCCCGUCGACCACCACGCAUUCAACCUCGGCCGCGCAGCAGCCCAAGGUCCGCCGCGCAAAGCAAUACAAGCCUAUCGUGCUGGAGCAGAAGCUCACCUUCUGCUACACGGACCUCAGCCAGGCCAACUUCAAGUUCAAGACGGAGGACAAGGGAGGGGGCACUGGCAGAGACGACGCGAGCCACGUACGACUCUAUGUUGUCGACUUUGAGCUCGCCGCAUUCCUGCCCGCCAGCUUCCUGGCCUUCGCCAUCGCCAGGGCCAAGGAGCGGCAGCUCGAGCUGUACAAGCACCUGCAGCCGGCGUUCGCGUCAUCGUCCCUGGACACGAGCAACGUGGAGUCCAUGGCCAGGGUGCGGCGCUACCUGCGCUCGUCGUCGUCGUCAGCCUUCGCCGAUGGCGGUGCGACCAGCAGCGGCAGCAGCACUAAUAGUUCCAGCACCGCCUCCUCGAGCGCCGCAACCACCAGGCCUAGCUCGCCGGUUGCCGCCGGUGCUGGUGCUGCCAUCCACGGCACAACCGCGGCUGCGACGACAUCAACGACAAAACCGGCAGCAGCAGUGGGGCUGCCGGUGCAUCCGGCCAAUGGCCAAGGAACCACAGCGAAACCACCUACUGUGCCGGCCGGUCCGGCCUCUGCUAGCCAGGGAGCAGUAGCGGCGGCGAAACCGUCUGCUGCGCCAUCUGCUGGGUCCGGAACUCACAAGUGA